AUGCAUUCCAAUCAACUUCAUCUAUUACAUUUCGGUGAAAUACAAUUUAUCGAAUCAUUGGUGAUACAUUCAUGUGAUCAAGUGAUAAUAUCAAAUGAUACCUUUAAUAAUACUGUUAUUCAGUAUGCAAUUAAGAUUAUUGGUGUGAAGAAUUUAAAAAUACUUUCAUGGGCUUUUCGUGGAAUUCGGAAAUCACCUGAACAAUUAUUCGUACAAGCAACAACUAUUACUUAUGUUCCACCAAAUUCAUUUUCAGAAUUGACCCAUAUUAAGCAUAUUUGGUUCCGGAAUAGUACCAUCGAGUUGUUGGCUACUGGAGCUUUCAGCGGUCUUACGGAUGUUAAUUACAUAUAUUUCCGUGAUUGCCUUAUACGGCAUAUUGAAAAUGGCGCUUUUGGUUCAAUGCGUCGAAUUCAACACUUUUUUGUACGUGGAAAUAUUACGAUAAAAUUAAUUGGAAGUGCUAUAUUUCGGAAUUCAACGAUAGGUGACGUAAUCUUUGAAGAUGCACAUUUUAACGCUCCAUCUGAUUGGUUUGUUGGCUUAAAAGCUGCAAAUAUUCAGCUGAUUAAUUCCAUCUGGAAUUUAAAUAAAGAUUCCAGUAAAUUUCAGAAUUUUCGCCAAAAAAUUGGUCAUUUCUCAAUCAAUAAUUCUACAAUCGAUCUAAUAGCUCUAAAAGCAUUUCGUAAUGCGAAAAUGUUGACUAUUUCAAAUAGCAUGCUGAAAAAGAUAACGGCAUUGAAAUUGUUGGACAUAAACGCUGGUAGAGAAGCGGAAUGGAUUACAGGAACAAAAAAGAGUAUGGAAUCAGUAACUGAAAAAUUGGAAAUUGUAGGAACAACAAUCAAUAGAAUUGCUACUAAAGCUUUCGUAAAUUUGGGAAAAUUUAAAAAUUUGAAAAUUUUUCGAUGCCGAAUAGAUGUGAUCGAGAAAAAUGCUUUUCAAGGAUUUCAAUCAAAUGAAAUUCGUAUCGAUCAAACGCAAAUUGAUAUAUUAUCUAUAGCAUCUUUUGCUGCAUUGUCGGUGAAUUUAUUUUCCUGGCAUGCAUGUAAUCUUACCUUCAUAAGCAGUAUGGCUUUUCAAGGGGCUAAAGUUCAAACGCUUCGUUUUUCUCGCUGUCACAUAAAAAAUAUUAUGAAGCGAACUUUUGAUGAACUGGAAGUUGACAAUUUGAUUUUAUUGAAAACAAAAAUCUAUCGGUGCGAAGAACAGUCAUUUUCAGGAGCAAAGGUCAAGAAAUUAGUUAUUACCGGAACAAAAAUAAUGUCCGGCACAAUCGACAGUAUUUUUCGAGAUUUUCGACCAAUUUAUUUCCAUGCUCGAAAGAAUUUAUUUGAUUGCAAUGCGAUGCAGUGCGAUACGAACAGUUUACUUCUUGACGAAAAUGUAUCCUUGAACUUGCCCUGGUAUUUCCAAGGUAAUCAAUGCUUAAAACAAGAAAUUUGUCGUCAACCACCGGAAUGGACCUCUGGCGGCGUCUUUUGUAAAUCGUAUCAUUUUCUUGCCAAAUGCUUUUGUGCAAAUUCAAAAUUCGCACACGUUCCAGAUAUUAAUUCAUCGAUUUUAAUCAUCGCUGACUGCAAAACGUUAGAUAUUGACUUAGCUAAAAAUGACAAAAUCUCAUCACUUCAUGUUUUCCGAACAGAUGCUCUGGGAAUUACAAAAAUACCCGUUAAUUUGCAAAUUUUUGAAAUUUUUCACACAAAAAUUGUAAAAAUCGAACGAAAGGCUUUUCUGGGCCUUAGAAUGGAAAAAAUUGAAUUAAUUUCAACGCAAAUUGAAUUAAUAGCAAGUGAAAGUUUCGUCAACUUUCAACUUUCCUCCUUUAUUCUCAGACGUAGUACCGUCAAUUACGUGCAAUUUCACGCCUUCAGCAAUAGCUCUGUGAAGAUGCUGAAUGUGGAAAAAUCUAAUUUUCUACAUGUAUUUGAUUUUUGGAAAUAUUUUAAUAAUACAACACUGAUGGGAGUAUUCGUAAAUUUGCCUGGAUACCUUCUUGAAGGAGCUCGAAAUUUAUGCCUGAAGGAAGUUACGGUUGGUUGUGAGUGCCUAACACAACAAUUAGCACUUGGAAUAGCGACUAGUGCACUUAUCAUGGGUAUAUCAGUGAUAGCUGUGAUUUUCCUCUUCAGUGAUAUCAAUGAUCUGUACAGUGGAGUGAUCGUUGAAAUGAAUGAUUUUAAGGAAAUAGCCGACGAUACAUGGAGUAAAAUCUUAUCUGUUCGGUCGAAUGAGUUCCAGAAUGAAAAUGGAAAUUAUCACGGUUUUGAGAAUCUCAUUUUGCGAGCCAAACGACAGUAUCCAUCACAUUGCCGAUGUAGCGCAUCAGCUGAUCGAUGCCAAAAAGGUCCUCCUGGCCCUCAGGGUGAUCCAGGAAUGAAAGGCCUUGAUGGAGCAAGUGGUGAUGAUGGACGUCCAGGUGUAAAUGGUGUUGCACUUUUAGCUACCUUUCAUAUUCCUGGUGGUUGUAUUGAUUGUCCAAGAGGACCACCAGGACUGUCUGGUCCGCCUGGUCUUCCGGGUAGUACUGGUAUACCAGGUGAUUGCGGGAGAAGAGGACGAGAUGGUAAACCUGGAACACCUGGAAAAGUCGGACCACGGGGCGAACCAGGUGAUCAAGGGCAGAACGGUACUCCUGGUAAACCUGGUCGACCUGGAAAAAGUGGCAAACGAGGUACUGGACCACCUGGAUCGAAAGGUCGCAGAGGACCACAAGGUCCAAUUGGUGAACCUGGAGUAAAUGGUGCAAAGGGAGAUGAUGGAGCACCUGGUGAACAAGGACAGCAGGGCAAAGCUGGCAAAGAUGGAAAGAAUGGCAAAAAUGGCAAAGACGGAAUGGCAGGCAGUCCAGGUUUGCCAGGGCCAGAUGCUCAUUACUGUCCAUGCCCACGACAUGGAGGUUACGUACAUCGCAAAACAUAG